AUGGUGGUGCAAGCGCAGCAACUACCUCACAUUCACUUUACACUUCCAACCUUCUCUACCACAAGUCGCACAGGCUUGAAUACGCCAGAAAUGGAAAGCCAACCAGAAGAUACCGAGCCAAAGCAUGCUACUGGGGUAGCCCCAGAUCAUCCGCUAACGCUUCAUCCUGUGUCCUUGCCAGCCUUUGAUCACAAGUCAACCGAACAUCCUCGACCGAAAUUCUCUUCUAAGUCAGUUCCCGAACUUAUUUCGACAUUGUACCUCAUGACAAAUGUCGAAGCGACAGACACCAAAUCCACCCGAGAGGCAGCACUUGCGGUCGAUGUAUUUAAAGAUGGUCACCCAGCGUUCUUUGAAAAGCAUUCGCCACUUCUACCAAAUAUGAUAUGGUUCUUUGUUGCGAAAUUUGAUUUCAACGUCAGCCCUCAAUCUCUUCAUGUUCAUGAUACUUUUGAGUCUCCAGAGCUUGCAGCACUCCGAACUCGAGUUGUAUGCAGCCUUGUACACCAGUACGAGGAUAUGUUUGUUCGUUUUAUCCCACCGGCUGUGCGUAAAAGCCAAAUCCGAGACGCAAAUCAGGAUAUCCUUUUACAUGCAGAAGGCGUGAAGAUGAUACGACUUGGAACAACGGUUCUUUAUUGGAAUCUAAAUGAUCUCUAUGUCACUCAGACGGGUAUAAGGGAACGAAAGGAUAGCUGGAGCCCAAGGAGACCUUUAGAGGACUUUGCAAGACUUGAAGUUCCAUGCCGCAGCAUCAAGAUGACAAUCGACUAUCGAUCUCGAUUUAGUCUGGAAGAUUAUGGCCUUUCACUUACCAUUCUAGAAGAUGCCCCACCAAUACCUCUUGCCCUGGUAUCACCUUCAGUACAACUGGAACAAUAUGAGAAUUCCAUUAUCGGAUUCGAUGAUGCAGAUAACGAUAUUAAUUUGUCAUCAAAGACCCAGACAAGAUCAUUGUUUCUGGUGCCUAGGGCUCUAUCCUCGACCAAGAAAAACAAAGAUCAUGAUCGACAUCAACCUGGAAACCAGAAUUCGCAAGAAAAACGAAUCGAGACAGCCUUGAUAACACCAAACAAUAUCUCCAAUCCAUCUGUCCAACCACAAGACCAAAGUCAAAAUCAAAAGCGGAUCCUGCAGAUUAUUAGACAGCCAAUUGAAGGACUAGUCGAGCUACCUCCUCUUGGAGAGGUUGACCACCUCAAGAUUCUGGAUCAAGUGAUCGAAAUGGCAUCUACAAAAUAUAGUGAGCGAUAUGGAGCAUUUCGUCAGGCAAAACUUAACAACCCAAACACCGAUCUGGAUCCCAAGUGCAAGCUUAUCAACAGCCUCAAUCCCAAAGUAAUACUUGCCUUCCAGAAUGGAAUACACGAUGUUGAGGAUUUGAUUCGGAUUUCUGGAGAGCCAGAAAAGCGUGAUUGCCCUGGCAUCUACCUCCAUAUCUUAUGGAAAUCCGAUAACGUUUUCUUGUUGUAUAUCGGACAGUCUAUUGUCUUGAUGAUAGGAAUCCCAGAUCAUAAUUCAAUUCGGUAUCGGAUCCGGCAUCCUUCAAUGCAUUACACGAUCUGGGAUUCCUCGGAUGAUAUCAAAUCUUUGUUUGUUACACUAGCAAGCUUUGACAAAGAUUCGUGGUCUGAAUCUCAGUCUCAACCCCAAGGGUUUCAAGGCGACCCCAAGGAAUACAUGCUCAACCUUCUAGAGAUGUGGAUGUGUUGCGCAUUUUAG